AUGGAUCAGAUAUCAGUGUCAUCUUCUCUGAAGUUUGGAAGACACCGGACAAGCUACAGAGCCACUGUUGCCCACCCAUUUAAUUACACUCUGAAGCAACUGGAGGUGCAUUCCCUGUCAGAAAGAAAGGGCAGAAAGUACAACCAGCAGCUGCAGGUCUCAGGGAAUGCUGGGCAGCCUGCUCACCUCUGGCUGGGCCUGGAGGAUAAAUCCAAAAUGGACAUCACUGCCUGGGGUGGCUGUGUGACACUCUCUGCAGGCCAGCUUCAGAGAAUAUUAAGCAUGGAAAACCUGCAUGCAUGUGGGUCUCUAGAGCAAAGACCAACACUGUUUAAUGAAUAUCUAGAUUUGAACUGGGAUGACAAAAAAUUCAAACACAAUUUCACGUAUGAGAGAAAUCAACUCUUGUAUCCUGACAAAUUUCAGUUAGAAGUGGUUCUGGAAAAUAUUUUCCUGACCCCAUGUACCAAACAGAAGAUUCUGGGUAAAAUAGAAACCAACUACGGCUCUUGUCUGGAUUACUACACAAGCUUUGAGUUCUGUGACCUUCCAAAUGUACUUGUUUUAUCUGGAAAGCACCGGCUCAACAAAGAUGACAUCAUUUUGCAGUCAGAGGGCAGACUCCACCUUGCUGAUCAUGGAAAAGAUGAGGGGUUGAUUGGAAUAUCCAUAAAGAAUCAGAGCACUGCUGAUGUGAAGAACUACUCUCUGGAAAUUGAAUUAAGAGCCUUUGAAGAUAUUUGGCUAGGCCUGACAGGAACUGCUGCUUCCUCAUCUGUCCAGAGCCAAAUCCUGGUGGAGGGGAUUAUUGAUCAGAAAGAGAAAGUAAAAGUCACUGCUUCAAAAGGAAAGGAGUGUUUUCACUACUACAUGGGGCAUCUGCAAGGGGAUUUGGAAGAAGGAGUGGAACUCAGUGCUUGUUCUGAUGGGCAACAGAUGGCUGCCAUUAACACGUAUCUCAGCAUCAAUGGUAAAAGGCAGGAAAACGUGGGACAAGUGACUCUAGCAGCUGCUAAUGGAAGCUUGAGUUUUCUGGCGCAUGGAUGUGGGGAUCCAGUUCUUAAGGUUGAGAACAAGCUUAAUGAAAUUGGGAGCCUUUUGAAAGCCACACUGAUAGAGAAGAUAAAGAAGUUUGAUGGAUACCUGUGGAGAUUCAGGAGAUCAGUGCAGCAUGUUGGUUUCCUGUCUGAAGCAGCUGGCUGGCCUUCAAUGGCCUUGCAAAAGGCAGCAGGAUUCCUGCACAGUGGGGUGGAAUCAGACACAUUCUGA